AUGUCUAUUGUACUUACCCCCUACUGGUCGCCAGAUGAGGGCAUCCAGAAGCUCAAGAUGGAAGCACGGGCUAAAACCCCAGCUGCGCCAGGCCUUACGCCACCAGUUUUCAGUAUGAAAGCUCAGAUGGAUCGUACCCUUCUCCAAUUACGCGCCAGGACAUCCCCUAUUGAGAAAUAUACCUUCCUCGCGCAAGUCAAGCAAGCAGAUGUCGAGGCCUUUUACAAGCUAUGCCUCGAAACACAUGCCGGUAUGAGGACAAUUGGUGAAAUCACACCUAUAAUUUACACCCCAACUGUCGGUGAUGCAUGCCUACAGUACUCGAAAAUCUACAGAAACCCCGAGGGUUUGUUCAUCUCUCUCAAGGACAAAGGCAGAAUUGGGAACAUUCUGCGCAAUUGGCCCCUUGCGAAUGAGGCUCGGAUCAGCGUUGUCACGGAUGGUUCACGUAUACUUGGGCUUGGUGACCUUGGUGUAAAUGGGAUGCCCAUUGCCGUUGGAAAACUCUCUCUUUACGUCGCCGGUGCUGGGUGCUCCACUCUCCCCAUCACGCUUGACCUUGGAACUAACAACUCCUCUAAUCUUUCCGACCCCUUGUAUCUUGGGCUGCGCCAGCUCAGGCCCUCUGACGCGGAAUAUGAUGCCUUCAUGGAUGAGUUCAUCACCGAGAUGAGACGCGUCUACCCUAAACUCUUGGUGCAAUUCGAGGAUUUCUCCACUGACCAUGCAUUUUCCUACCUUGAGCGUUUCCGUAAUAGUCUCCCACUGUUCAACGACGAUAUCCAAGGUACAGGUGCUGUUGUCCUCGCAGGGUUGCUUUCCGCUGCACGACUGGUCCCCAUCCCGCGCAACGAACAUAGAAUCUUGCUAUUUGGCGCGGGAAGCGCUAGUGUAGGUGUUGCUAAGCAGCUUAUGAGCUUUUUCACAAUCGCUGGGAUGAGCGAGGAAGCGGCCAGGAGUCAAAUCUGGCUUGUAGAUUCGAAGGGACUCGUUUACUGUCGGCAGGGAAGGGAUUUCGCAAGGAGGCAUUACACAGGUCCUCCAAUGAAGGACCUUGCAGAGAUCAUCAAGUAUGUGAAGCCAACUGGUGCUUUUACCCCGGAAGUCAUCCGUCAGAUGUCGCAGAACACAUCUCGCCCCAUCAUCUUCCCUCUCUCCAACCCUGUCCGUCUCUCAGAGUGCACAUUCACUGAGGCUCUCAUACAUAGCAACGGCACCGCAAUCUUCGCAAGUGGCUCACCAUUUGGAAGCGAGGUCAUUGGUGGCGUCAGGAGGGAAGCGGGCCAGGGUAAUAAUAUGUACAUCUUCCCUGGGCUUGGUUUGGGUGCGAUACUGUGCCGCGCCAAGAGUGUGACAGAUAGUAUGGUAGAAGCGUCUGCGCUCGGAUUGGCGGGCUCUCUUUCGUGGGAUGAACGGGCCCUAGAGCUCGUGUACCCCCGUGUCGAGCGCAUCAGGGAGAUCAGUGCACACAUCGCUGUCAAAGUGAUACGGGCAGCACAGAAGGCGGGCGUGGACAACUCGACAGAUCUGAAGAGAAUGGAUGAUACCCUUUUAUUAGAGUUUGUCAAGGGCAAGAUGUGGAACCCCUAA